AUGGGAAACUCAAAUCUUAUUUUAGAUGCAUUUUUAACAAAUUAUCAUUUGUAUGAUAAUCAAGCAUUGGAUAUAUCUGAAAAGUGGGUAAAUCUCUUUAAAAUACAUUCAUCUUUAAGAAAUCUUUCAUAUAUCUAUAGUCAAACCCCUACCUCAUGGGUGUAUUUUUUUGUGAUUAUAAUUAGACCUUCGCAGGCUAUAUAGAUUGAAAAUUUUUCAAUUUUUGGUUUAGUUUUUGUGAUAUUCCAUUUGUUUUAUAUUUUGAAGCCUACUAUAAUUGGAAGUUCUAUAUCGAGUACCAUAAAUACAUUAUUGAAGGUGUCAUUGUUAAAUAUUGUGUUGGAAUAAUUCAAAGAUUUAUUUGGUUAUAUAGUGGGAGGCAUCAUUUUGAUGUUUUAGACAUUCGAAUAUUUUUUCAUUUAAUGGACAUUGAAUGUAAAUUAAAAGAAUUUUCAAUUAGUUAGAAUUAGUUUAUUAGGAACGAUCAAAUUUCUCUUGGAUAUUUUUUUGAUAAUCGGACAAGAAUUUAGAAUUGAUAUCUUUUUAAUAUAAGUUAUCUCAUUGAUCAAUUCUCUUGUAUAUAUAUUAAUGAUACUAAAUGAAAAAUCAGAUAUGAAUAUCCGAAAUCAAGCUAUAAUCUUCUCCAUCUAAUUAUUAACGAUAUGCCUGGGAAUUGCCUAAUUUAUAAAAUAUGAAAACUCUUAUACCUUGAUUUUGGUGCCAUUCUUCUUUAAAAUUGCAUUUAGAAUGAACAACAAUAAUUCUAAUCUCAAUUCAAAGGAUCCAAUAAUAAAGGCCUCCAUACUACUUAAAUAAAACAGCUAUUAUGAAUGCUUUAUGAUUUUACUAAAACAAUAAGAAACAAACACCUUAAGAAAAAUUAAAUUAAAAUUGAUUCAAAAAUAAGCCGUCGAUGAAUUUAAUUUUAAUGUUAAUAAGAACGUAAAAUAAUUAUCAAUACAAAAAGAUUUAGCCUUAAAAUUGAUUUUGAACGAUUCUCAAACCUAGGCAAUUUCAUAAGAAAUCACUCAUAUUAUUAAACUAAAAAUAGACCUUCUCUAAAAUUGGUAUCAAAAUACAAUUGAAGAGAUCAUUGUAUUAAUUUAAAAAAUCAGAAAUACUAGAAUUAAAUUGGAUUAAUUUUAAUACAAGGAAUCUGUUGGUUGUGUUCAAUCGCUUAUAUUAUUUUUCUAUGCAGAAAUUCUUAAUGAUAUAAUACAGGCGAAUGAAAUUCUUAUUCAUACUAGAAAAAGCGCAAACCCAUUAAUAAAAGAAUCAUUUUCAAAUAGAAAAAUAAGAUACAUGAUAGUUAAUUUCUAAGAUUAAUAGUAUAGCAUUGAAACUGUCUCAAGCAAUGGACCCUAAUAAUACAAAAAUAAGUUAUUGAAUGAAUUAAUACCUUUUGGGAUAAGAGAACAUCAUGAUGAUCUGAUAUAGAAUUAUUUAACUACAGCUUAAUCUAAAUUUACUAGAAAUUUCAACAAAAAUUACAUUUUCAAAGAUGGAUUUAUUGAAUCGAUAGAUUUUGCAAUUGAUAUUAUUUAUACUCACAAAGUCCAAUUUAUCACACUAUUUACUUUAAGGAAUUUCAAAAAUAGCCUAUUUACAAUGGUAACAAAUGAUAAUUUUGAAAUAAAAUCUAUUUCAGAAGCCUUUAAUUAAAUACCUUUCAUAAAAAAGGUAUUUAAGCUUGGAACCUUUGUAAAUAAAAUAAUCAAUGAAUUAAAUUCAGUCACCUAGUCAUGUCUAAUUGAAAGUUCCUUAUACUAUAGUCAUCCAAAUAUAAAAUCCCGUUAAAGUUUUUUUAAUGAAACUUAAGAGCAAAUUAAUUAUUAUUGCGAUGUAAAUGUCAUUAUAAAGAAAAUUGAUGGAUAAAUAAAAUAUUAUAUUUUAGAAUUGGAAAACUUUAGAAAUUUCCUUUCUAUUAGAAAAGAUUCUGUCCUAUAAACGUAUACGUCUUUUGCAUCUCUUAAAGGAUUUAAUACUAAUUGUAAUGAAUUAGAUUAGAAUGAAGCCUUAUAAAUACCAUACUAAUCGGAUGAGUAAAUAAAAAAAUUUGAUAUAGACCUACAUUAAUUGAUAACCUCCAGAGAUGAGGAAUAAUAUUUCUUGCAUAAUGAUCUUGAUAAGAAUCAGAUGGCAUAUGAAAAGUCUAACACUAUAUAGGAAUAACAAUUCAAAAUUUAGUAGGAAGAGGAGCAGUUCCUUUAGGAGAUGAAAUCAUAACAGAGUUCUUCAAUUGAAUAAUUAAGAUAAUCCAAUUUUAUUAGAAAAUACAGUUUAAUCAAUAGAUUUAACAAUCAUUUACCCUUGAAGAAGUAUUAAUAGAUAAUUGUCUUAUUGUUUAUCUUGUGCAUUACUAUAUCAAUGUUGUUUAUAAUAAUUGAGUUAUUAAGUUUAAAUUUGAUAGGUUUUGCAAGAGAUAUCAAUUUACUAGAAAUUAAGAAUUUAUUUUUUUAACCAUUAGAUAUGUUUUUGGCUACAAGAUGGAAUUUGUGGACAUACAAUUAUGAAAAAUAAAAUGAAAUAAUCACAUAGGAAGAAUAUGAUGAAUUAUCAAAGUUCUCGAUCUCCAAUUUAGGGGAGGGAUAUGAUUAGUUGAAUUUCAAUAUGCAAUCUGUCUUGUACAAAUAUGAUUUAUAAUACUUGCUAUAGAAUAAGAUUCUCUAAAUUUUUUAAUAUACAGACACAUAUCAGAACGAGAAAUACAAUAUGACAUUGAGAAGUGCUAUUUAAAUACUAUUAAAUUUUUAAUACAUCCUAAAAAUGAACUAUGUUUAUGAAAAAACAGUCAAGGCAGAUAGUCCAUAAAUAUUUUAUAGUUUUAAAAAUUAUCCCUUAUUAAGGGAUAUACUUCAUGAAUUAAAUGAUGACAUAAUGGUCGCAACUAUUGCUAGAGGGUAAGAAUAUCAGUAAGAACUUCUUACUAUUUUCAUUUCUGAACAAGCAAUAAUAUUUAUGGUAAUUCUAAUAAUCUUAGGAUUAAAACGUUUUACAGCAAAUAAAUUGCAGCUGUUUUUAUCUCUAACUUAGUUUGUAGAUGAUACUUAUUUGUAAAGAGAAAUAGUUAAACAAAAAUCAUUGUUAAAUUUACUAUUAGAGGAUAGAACAAAACUAUUUUUUUAUAAGUUUGACCUUUUUGAAAAAGAGGCUUCGUUUUUAGCAAAGAAAACGGAUAGAACAGUAGAAAAAUAAAAAACACAUAGAAUGCUUGAUUAAAAGAAACUCCCAAUAACUUAAUUCACGAUAUUCCUUGGUAUAUUUUAUAUAUUAAUUCUGGUAUGUCCUGUUGUGAAUUAUGUUUCAUAUAUGAAUUAUUUAAGAAAAUAUCCAUAAACAGCUGCUUUUAAGAAAUAAUUAAGUGACUUAAGUGGAGAUAUACCUCUAAUGUUUGCAUAAAGAGAAGUGCUUUAUGGGCGAAAAAAUUAUAUGUAUUUGGAUUCUUCUUAUUUCGAUACAAUAUUCCAUUAUGUUUAGGAAUCAUUGAAUUAGACAAUAGCAUUUACAUCCGAAAAUCUUGAUUUUACUGAAAUAUUGAUGAGUGACUAGUUUGAAGUGUUUUAUAACAAGAUUUUAAUAGAGAAUCUAUGUGACUAUUUACCUGAAUAUUUGAUCGAUAAAUCAAAAUUACUAUGUCCUAUAACAAUGAACGGGAACAUGAAGAGAGGACUCAAAAUUAUGCUAGUUUAUAUCUCGAGUCUAAUCCAAACAGAUAUGGCUAUUAACAAUUUUACAUAUAGAGCCCGUCCAACAUCUAAUGAACUUGAAGGUGCUUAUAUGAUAUCAGAGAUUAUAAAUGUGAUUAACAAAUCAUUUUAUGAUGAUUUGAUUGAGAUUACAACAUCUUUAGUUGAAUAGCAAAUAAUAUUCAAUAUCUUGUACUUACUAGUCUUACUGGGUGUAUUAAUAGUAAUUAUAACUGUGAUUCAACCCAUAAUGUAUAAAAAUAGUAGAAACAUCGUCUAAUUGAUUUAUCUCAUUCCAGAAUAGACCCUAUACAAUGAUGAAGCAUUUGAAAGAACUCUAAGAAUUCUUAUAAAUUUAUGA